UGUCGUGUCCAAGAGGAACUACGGCGAGCCGCUUGGUCCGUAAAAGCCGUGAAUCAUCAUUGUUGCCAGCCAACUAAGAAAACAACGGAACUGCCCGCGGAGUCGAGAAGAAGAUAGAGAUUAUAUUUCAUAAUGAGGAGUGGCAGUUGCAGAGUGCGGUGGGGGGGUCUGCUCCUCCUCCUGUGCUCCUCUCUGCUGUGUGUUCACUCUCAGGUGGAUCCACACAACCACCAGCAGCAGCAGGCGCUGCCCGCCGUGGAGAGCGGAGCUCACGUAACCGGCCACGGCCGCCUGGACAAGAACAUGAUCCAGGACAAAGACCACAUCAUGGAGCAUUUAGAGGGAGUGAUAGAGCAACCAGAGAAAGACAUGACACCUCAGGAGCUUCAGCUGCACUACUUCAAGAUGCACGAUUACGAUGGCAACAACCUGCUGGAUGGGCUGGAGCUCGCCACGGCUAUCUCACACGUACACAGAGAGGUAGGCAGGCUUAUAAUCCCGAGUACUGAGGUUCUUUUCUACACUAUGUGACCGAUCAGCGUCGGG